AUGAUUGGGUCCGCGUUGAUUCGUGGAGAAUGGGCACCUUGGGUUAUCUCUAAGGAUAGCCUUUGCAAUGAGAAAUGCAUUCGAGAAUCAACAUUGAAAAGAACGUGCGCCGAUCCCGACACCAAGCCGAGGCCUGUAGGAAGACCCGUGCGGUGUGAUGGCAAUGUGAAGGACACUAAAACCACCACCAAGAGGUGUAAAGGGGAUUUUUGUGCUGUAAAGGUAUAUGCAGGGAAGCAAACUGGGACCAUAGGCAUAGGCAUCAUUGUGAUGGUAGUGGUUGGAGCGGUGUCGCUGGUGGCUGUUCCUGGAGGGUGGUACCUUUACAAGAGACGGAGAAAUGCGAAAGCCGAUGAUUUAAGGAAACUUAACACCACUGCCAAUGCUAAAGAGGGAGAUCCUGAAGGAUAUGACAACAAGGCCUUUUCCUAAUUAUAUUUCUCUCUCUGUCUUUGUCUGUUUGUAUGUCUGUCUGUUUGUCUCUGUCUCUCCAUCUCUACAUGUAUCUCUGUGUGUGUGUGUGUGUGUGUGUGUGUGUGUGUGUGUGUUCUAAAUUUAAUGUGCAAACGAAAAAUUGGGUUAUACAAAACUAGGCUUGUGCGAGUCACACCCAAACGAAACCAUCGUUCUUAUAGUUUUCAGAGAUCUGCGUGUGCCCACUUUCAUGAAACAUCGUAAACACCUAGUUUUGCAGAUUAACGUAAAUCUAUGACUAAACCACAAUUCAUAUAUUACUAUUUACAGUUAAACAAAUAAAGUUUGAAGUACACGUUUCAUUUUUUUUUAGCCUUAUACAAUGCUCCAUCUUCUAUAAUGGUGUAAUUGUCUGCGUGAAACAGAUGUUAAACACAUGUCAAGCACAUAUAAUCGUGAGACCAGUAUAUUGGUGCUUGUCGCUGAUGUAAACUUACAAUAUUUGUGGUUUUAUAAUUGGCUUCUAGCUGGGUCCUGUUCCUCGAAGAAAUCUUAGCACUAAGUUCACCGUAAGUGCAUAACUUCCUAAUGCAUUUAAGGUGGUCUUGUCGCAGACGUAAACUUGUGAUAUUUUUGUUUUUUUCAUUAGCUCCUGGGUCCCGUUCAUGAAGCAAUCUUAGCACUAGGAUCAGCUUGAGUUCAAAACUUCCUAAUGCAUUUAAGGCGGUCCUGGUGCUUAGAUCCCUUCGUGAAACGAGGCCAAGGGUUGAAAUUGGCUGAAAUUCCUGGUGGAUAUUAAGGUUCCGAAAAGUUAUACAUUCUGCCAGCCCGAAAUCAAAAGCUACCGGACUAAACAUGAUCGACUCGAACUAUAAUGUGUGAAUAUAAACACAAAAUAGUUGCCAGUCCGACAGGACGAUAGUAAAAAAAAAAACAGGGGUGGGAAUUCUCCUCGGAUCCACUGUUUUCUUCUCGUGGAACAUUGCGUUUCCUCGCAUUUUAAUCGUCCUUUAAUUCCUCCAAAAUGUUGCAGAUGGCACAGAUUUUAACCUAGCAUUUCAAGAAUUUCCGGGAACUCUUUAGAUUUCCUCUUUUUUUUGCAGUUCACCAAUUCCCACCCCUAAAAAAAGGAUUAACUUGUAGUUCACAACUAAUAAUAAUAAUAAAAAGUAAAGGCGAUACGAUGCGAGUAUCUCGUAUGAGGAUAGCCACAAGAAUAACCGAUUGCAGAGCAACCGAUAAAAUCGCAAUGCUUGUCUUUCCAAGUGGCAAUUCUCGUACUAGGUAAUCGUGUGGUGUUUCGUUGCCUAAAAACAUGACACGUGUAUCUGUGACUUUAAUGCUAAGAAUCAGAAUCGGCUUGAUACUUAACUUAUUUAAUGCAAUAUAUUUUUAAUCAAUGAAAUUAAGAAUUAAAAAAAAUAAUAAUAAGACAAAUAAAAACAUUAAAAAGACAAAUACCAGCACACAUGGUUAGACUGAAACUAUUUUUAUGACAGUAGAAAGUAACUAUAAAAUUAAUAAGAAAAAAAGAGAUGAAGAAAAAAUUAAAAACUUCCAAAAAGUUAAACAGUCACUUAGAAACUCGCAAGUUUAGACAGAAUGUAAAAUUUUAUCACAGUAGAAAGUAAUAAUAAAAUUAAUUUAAGAAA